AUCGGUAGCAUGAGCUCGCGCAGGUUCGUGGAGCAGAGCGUGGUGACGUCGCUGGUGCCGCUGCUCAAGCGCAACCUGGCCAAGCAGCCGCCUCCGCGCCAUGACGCGCCGUUCGUGCGCGCGAGCGUGGCCGCCGUGUUCCGAUGGAGGGAGAAGGAGCAGCAGUCGCUGGAGCUGCUGUUCGUGCGGCGAACCGUGAACGAGAAGGACACGUGGAGUGGGCAGGUGGCGUUCCCCGGUGGCCGUCGCCAGAAGAAGACCAAGAUGGAUCUCAACGCGCUGGACGACAUCUCCGGCGAGUGGACGGACUGGGAGUCGCUCAAGGAGACGGCACAGCGCGAGACGAUGGAGGAGGUCGGGCUCGACCUCACGAGUCCGCAUGUCCACUGGAUCGGCAACUUGCCGCCUAUCAACACACACCUGCGCUCGCUUAGCGUCAGUACUCAUGUCUUCUUCAUUGACGUCGCAGCGGACGAGCACGACUACAAGCCCAAGGUGCAGGAGUCGGAGAUCUCGGACGUGUUCUGGGUGGACGUGCAGGAGCUCUUCAACACGCGGCGGUACCAGAUUCUCUCCUACCCGCUGGAAGACAGUCUCAUGAGUCUGCGCAUGCGUCCGCAGAUACUGGCGCUGGCGAAGAAGAUGCUCGGCAACAUGCAGUUCGACUGCAUCUACCUGCCGAGACCUGGCCACGCGCCGCCCGACGACGAGCGGAUUCCGGCCCGCGAGGUGAAGGACUUUGUGCUGUGGGGGCUGACGCUGCGUAGCGUGGUGGAGCUCUUUAAGACGGCGGGGUAUCCGCUGCCCAUGCGUCCGGACGCGCAGCACUUCGACUCGAAGCUGCUCGGCGACAUUAUCCUGUACUGCAUGCGUUACCCGGACAAGGUCAUCGCCGGCACCGCCACGCUUUCGGCCAUGCUGCUGGUCGGCGUCGUGUAUAGCAACCUGUAGGCAGGCAGGCACCUUCAACGGCACCCUUGGCGUCGAUGUCUUAGUCAACCCGAACGAAUAGUGUACUGGUUCAACGCAUUCA